AGAUUGGAGUGCAGUGGCAUGAUCUCAGCUCACUGCAACCUCCGCCUCCCAGGUUCAAGCAAUUCUCCUGCCUCAGCCUCCUGAGUAGCUGGGACUACAUGUGUGCGCCACCACACCCAGCUAAUUUUUAUAUUUUUUUAGUAGAGAUGGUGUUUCACCAUGUUGGUCAGGAUGGUCUCUAUUUCUUCACCUCAUGAUCCGCCUGCCUCGGCUUCCCAGAGAGCUGGGAUUACAGGUGUGAGCCACCGCGCCCCACCCCCCCCACUGAAUUUUCUUGGUAACCUUGUGGGGUUUUUUUUGGUGGCAGGGAGACUGAGUCUCACUCUGUCACCCAGGCUGGUGUGCAGCAGUGAGAUCUCAGCUCACUGCAACCUCCACCUCCCAGGUUCAAGCGAUUCACAACCUUCACCACUCGCGUUCAAGUGAUUCUCCUGCCUCAGCCUCCCGAGUAGCUGAGACAACAGGCGCCGGCCACCACACCUGGCUAAUUUUUUUGUAUUCUGGUAGAGACAGGGUUUCAUCAUGUUGCCCAGUCUCGAACUCCUGAGCUCAGGCAAUCCAUCCUCCUUGGCCUCCCAAAGUGCUCGGAUUACAGACAUGAGCCACCGCAUCUGGUCAUUUUUGUUGAAAAUCAAUAAACUAUAAAUAAUAUGGGUUUAUUUCUGAAUUCAAUUAUUAUUCCAUUUGUCUAUAUAUCUAUUCUUAUGCUAGGACCAUACUGUCUCAAUACUGUAGCUUUAUAGUAGGUUUUAAAAUCAAGAAGUGUGAGUCCUCCAAAUUUGUUCUUUUUCAAGAUUAUGCUAGCUUUGAUUAUUAUGGGUCCCUUGAAAUUCUGUAUGCAUUUUAGGAUUAGCUUGAUGUUUUCUGCAAAGAAACCAGCUGAAAUUUUGUUGAAGUGAGUUGAAUGUGUUGAACGACUUGGAGUAUUUGUCUCUCUUUUGUUUAUUUUUAUUUUAUUUUUUUGAGGUGGAGUCUCGCUCUGUUAUCCAAGCUGGAGUUCAGUGGCUUUAUCUCAGCUCACUGCAACCUCUGCCUCCCGGGUUCAAGCAAUUCUCCUGCCUUAGCCUCCUGAGCAGCUGGGAUUACAGGUUGCUAUGGAAAUAUAUGACCACACAAAAGGAAGUCCAUUCUAAUAAUUCUGAUACCUGAGAUGUAACUGGACUGAAGACUAGAAACAGGAAAAAUUUUAGUGCCAACUUUAAUUACAAUGGCCACUGAUUCAGGAGAUCCAGCCAGCACAGAAGAUUCUGAGAAACCUGAUGGAAUUUCACUUGAAAACAGAGUUCCUCAGGUUGCUGCAACUUUGACAGUAGACGCUAGACUAAAGGAGAAAACCAGCACCUUCUCUGCUUCUGGGGAAACCGUAGAAAGGAAGAGAUUUUUCCGAAAGAGUGUUGAAAUGACAGAAGAUGACAAAGUUGCCAAAUCGUCCCUGAAAGAUGAGAGAAUAAAGGCUGCGACGAAUAUUCCAAGAGUAGAUAAACUUCCUUCAAAUGUGCUGAGAGGUGGACAAGAAGUUAAAUAUGAACAGUGUUCAAAGUCAACCUCGGAAAUCUCAAAAGAUUGUUUCAAGGAGAAAAAUGAAAAGGAAAUGGAAGAAGAAGCAGAAAUGAAGGCUGUAGCUACUUCUCCUAGUGGCAGAUUCCUGAAAUUUGACAUAGAACUAGGAAGAGGAGCAUUUAAAACAGUGUAUAAAGGACUGGACACUGAAACAUGGGUUGAGGUUGCUUGGUGUGAGCUGCAGGAUCGAAAGUUAACCAAAGCUGAGCAGCAAAGAUUCAAGGAAGAAGCAGAGAUGUUGAAGGGUCUCCAGCACCCCAAUAUAGUUCGAUUUUAUGAUUCCUGGGAAUCUAUAUUAAAAGGAAAGAAAUGUAUCGUAUUAGUGACUGAACUAAUGACAUCUGGAACCUUAAAGACGUACUUAAAACGAUUUAAAGUCAUGAAACCAAAGGUCUUAAGGAGCUGGUGCAGGCAAAUUUUAAAGGGGUUGCAGUUCUUGCACACUAGGACUCCUCCUAUUAUUCACCGGGAUCUGAAGUGUGACAAUAUUUUCAUCACGGGACCCACUGGAUCUGUGAAGAUUGGUGAUCUAGGAUUAGCCACCUUAAUGCGCACAUCAUUUGCUAAGAGUGUCAUUGGAACUCCUGAAUUUAUGGCCCCAGAGAUGUAUGAAGAACACUAUGAUGAAUCCGUAGAUGUUUAUGCUUUUGGAAUGUGUAUGCUGGAAAUGGCCACGUCAGAGUAUCCUUAUUCUGAGUGUCAGAAUGCAGCUCAAAUAUACCGUAAAGUAACUAGUGGCAUAAAACCAGCCAGCUUCAAUAAAGUCACUGAUCCUGAAGUGAAAGAAAUCAUUGAAGGAUGUAUUCGUCAAAACAAAUCUGAAAGGUUGUCUAUCAGGGACCUAUUAAACCACGCAUUUUUUGCUGAGGAUACAGGACUGAGGGUGGAGUUAGCAGAAGAAGAUGAUUGCUCAAAUUCAUCCCUGGCUUUAAGACUCUGGGUUGAAGACCCUAAAAAAUUGAAAGGCAAACACAAGGACAAUGAAGCUCUUGAAUUUAGUUUCAAUUUAGAAACAGAUACACCUGAGGAAGUAGCAUAUGAAAUGGUCAAGUCUGGGUUCUUUCAUGAAAGUGAUUCCAAAGCUGUUGCUAAAUCCAUUAGAGACCGGGUGACCCCAAUAAAGAAGACAAGGGAGAAGAAGCCUACUGGCUGCUUGGAAGAACGCAGGGAUUCUCAGUGCAAGUCUGUGGGGAAUGUAUUCCCUCAGCCCCAGAAUACAAGUUUGCCCCCUGCUCCCACUCAGCAAACUGGGGCUGAAUGUGAAGAAACUGAAGUUGAUCAACAUGUUAGACAACAGAUUCUACAAAGAAAACCACAGCAGCACUGCUCCUCUGUUACAGGUGACAAUUUGUCUGAGACAGGAGCUGCAUCAGUUAUACAUUCAGAUACUUCAAGUCAGCCCAGUGUAGCCUAUUCCUCAAAUCAAAUGAUGGGCUCUCAAAUGGUUUCUAACAUCCCGCAGGCUGAAAUAAAUGUUCCAGGGCAAAUUUAUUCAUCUCAGCAACUAGUAGGACAUUACCAGCAAGUUUCAGGGUUACAGAAGCAGCCAAAACUGACUCAACCCCAGGUUUCCCCAUUAACUGUUCAGAAGGUUCCACAGAUAAAGCCUGUAUCCCAACCAGCUGGAGUUGAACAACAAGCAGCUCUUCUAAAACCAGAUUUAGUUCGAAGCUUGAAUCAAGAUGUGGCAGCUACGAAGGAAAACAUCAGUAGCCCUGAUAACCCAAGUGGAAAUGGCAAACAGGAUCGGAUCAAACAGAGAAGAGCUUCCUGUCCCCGACCAGAGAAGGGAACUAAAUUUCAGCUUACUGUCCUUCAGGUAUCAACCUCUGGAGAUAACAUGGUGGAGUGUCAGCUGGAGACACACAACAAUAAGAUGGUCACCUUCAAGUUUGAUGUUGAUGGUGAUGUGCCAGAGGAUAUUGCAGACUAUAUGGUUGAAGACAAUUUUGUGCUGGAAAGUGAGAGAGAAAAAUUUGUAGAAGAAUUGAGAGCUAUUGUAGGUCAAGCCCAGGAGAUCCUUCAUAUCCACUUUGCCACAGAAAGAGCCAUUGGAGUUGACUCUAUUACUAUGGACUCCAACAGUAACCAGACAGGGUCAUCUGAACAAGUACAGAUAAAUUCUGCAUCUACUCAAACCAGCAAUGAAUCUGCUCCUCAGUCAUCCCCAGUUGGUCGGUGGCGAUUCUGUAUCAAUCAAACAAUAAGAAACCGUGAGGCUCAGUCUCCUCCUUCUCUUCAGCAUUCCAUGUCUACGGUUUCUGGCCUACAUCCACUUCCUAGUCCAAAAAAAACAAGUAAUAAGGAAAUAUCACGGGAUACACUGCUCACUAUAGAAAAUAAUCCAUGCCACCGCGCACUCUUCACCUCCAAAUUAGAACACAAGAAUGUGAUUGAUGGUAAGAUUUCUGAGUGUGCUAGUGUACAAACCAAGCAGCCAGCUAUACUUUAUCAAGUGGAAGAUAACAGGCAGAUAAUGGUACCAGUUACUAGUAGUUCUGCCUACCCUACUACUUCAGUUCAUGCAGUUCCAGCUGAAUGUGAGGGACUCACCAAACAAGCGAGCAUAUUCAUACCUGCGUAUCCAUGUCACCAAACUGCCAGUCAGGCUGAUGCACUUAUGUCCCAUCCUGGCGAAUCAACUCAGAUUGCUGGUAACUCUGUUACGACUCUGGCAUUUGAUCAAAAGCCUCAGACCUUAUCAGUGCAGCAGCCAGCUAUGGAUUCAGAGGUUAUUUCCCAAGAAGGAGAAACUACAGUGAACACUGAAACAAGUUCUCCUAAGACAGUCAUUCCCACUCAGACCCCUGGCCUUGAACCAGCUACCCUUCAACCCACUACUGUCCUGGAAUCAGAUGGAGAAAGACCUCCAAAACUGGAGUUUGCAGACAACCGAAUUAAAACUCUGGAUGAAAAAUUAAGAAACUUGCUCUAUCAGGAGCACAGCAUCUCUAGCAUCUAUCCUGAGAGUCAGAAGGAUACCCAAAGCAUAGAUUCUCCAUUUUCUUCCUCUGCUGAAGAUACCCUCUCCUGUCCAGUGACAGAAGUCAUAGCCAUCAGUCACUGUGGAAUUCAAGAUAGCCCUGUACAGUCCCCUAAUUUCCAACAGCCAGGCUCUAAAAUUCUGUCCAAUGUGGCUGCAAGUCAGCCUGCUAAUAUAUCAGUAUUCAAAAGGGACCUGAAUGUGAUAACUUCUGUACCCAGCGAAUUGUGUUUACACGAGAUGUCCUCAGAUGCUUCACUUCCAGGGGAUCCAGAGGCCUAUCCUGCUGCUGUGUCAAGUGGUGGAGCCAUUCCGCAGACAGGAGGUGGAUAUUUUGGCCUAAGCUUUACUUGUCCUAGUCUCAAAAAUCCUAUUAGCAAGAAAUCCUGGACUCGCAAAUUAAAAAGCUGGGCAUACAGGCUACGGCAGUCAACCAGCUUUUUCAAGAGAUCAAAAAGUCCGUCAAGUGAAACAGAAGAGAUGAGAUCAGCAAUUGCUCCUGAUCCCAUUCCUCUGACACGGGAGUCCACAGCUGAUACUAGGGCUUUGAAUAGAUGUAAAGCGAUGAGUGGAUCAUUUCAGCGGGGCCGGUUCCAGGUGAUUGCCGUUCCUCAGCAGCAGUCAGCAAAAGUGACAUCUUUUGGAGUAGAACUAUCAGUGUUCAGUGAGACGAAUCAUUCUAGUGAAGAAGCCUUUAUUAAAACAGCAAAGUCUCAGUUGGUAGAAAUAGAACCUGCCAUACACAAUCCAAAAACUUCAUUUCUUCUGAGAAGUUACAAGCUCGUUCAUGAAACCUGUAAACAAAAUAAAGGAGUUCCCAAACAAGGUGACAACUUCUUAUCUUUCAGCACAGCUUGUGAGACUGAUGUAUCUUCAAUGACCCAGAAAAGGAACUGGGAAGAAACUCCAGCCACAGGAAGUAGCAUGCAGUCUGGAUCUGAACCAUUGCUUAAAGAGAAAGAGAUGCUGACUGCUGGGAAACAGCCUAGCUCUGAUAGUGAAUUUUCAGCCAGUCUUGCUGACAGUGGAAAGUCAGGAGCAAAGACUGGUCCAGAGAGUCAGUGCUUACCCCACCACGAAGAACAAGCUUAUGCUCAAAAACAGAGUUCACUCUUCUAUUCACCGUCUUCCCCAAUGAGCAGUGAUGAUGAAUCAGAAAUAGAGGAUGAGGACUUGAAGGUGGAGCUUCAAAGAUUACGAGAAAAACACAUUCAGGAGGUGGUAAAUCUUCAAACCCAGCAGAAUAAGGAGCUGCAGGAACUCUAUGAACGCCUUCGCUCAAUUAAAGAUAGCAAAACCCAAUCUACAGAGAUUCCUUUGCCACCUGCAUCACCACGUCGACGAUCUUUCAAAAGCAAACUUCGAAGCCGCCCCCAGUCCUUGACUCAUGUGGACAAUGGCAUAGUUGCUACAGAGAUGGGGUCUCCUUGUGUUGCCCAGGCUGGUCUUCAGCUUCUGAGCUCAAGUCAUGUGCCUGCCUCGGCCUCCCGAAGUGCUGGGAUUACAGAUCCAGUGUGUGUGGAGAAUAAUACAGCAUCAUGCCAACAGUCCCCAGCCAGUAAAAAAGGGAUGUUCACAGACGACUUACACAAGCUGGUGGAUGACUGGACAAAGGAAGCAGUAGGAAAUUCUCUUAUUAAGCCAAGUUUAAACCAACUUAAACAAAAUCAACACAAAUUAGAGACAGAAAAUUGGAACAAAGUACCUGAAAAUACUCCAUCUACUAUGGGCUACACACCAACAUGGAUUUCUUCUCUGUCCCAAAUCCGUGGAGCUGUCCCAACUUCCUUGCCACAAGGACUCUCACUCCCUUCAUUUCCUGGGCCAUUAUCAUCAUACGGAAUGCCCCAUGUUUGUCAGUAUAAUGCUGUGGGGGGGACGGCGUAUCCAGUCCAGUGGGUAGGAAUUUCAGCAACAACACAACCGUCUAUAGUAAUUCCCACCCAAUCUGGGGGACCAUUCCAGCCAGGGAUGAAUAUGCAGCCAUUUCCAACUUCAUCAGUGCAGAAUCCUGCCACAAUCCCUCCUGGGCCUAAAUGAAUCACAGUAGAUGAUGAAGAAAAGGGAGGUUUCUUCUGAAUUGUUUUCAGGACACCUAAGAUAUUAAAGUUUGUUCCUCUUGGGUUGUGUCAUAUUUUCUCUCAUUUGAGUUUACUUUAGACUAUAUAUUUUUUGUUUCAGUGUGAUAUUUGAUACAGCUCAUCAUUCUGCAGAAAUGUGCAGUUUGCACAUAGAACACUGCACACAGAAGUGUUUUUUCACUUCAAAUUCUAUCCUCUUUUAUACUUGAUUUUUUUAAAAAUACUGUUCAGAAUGCUUUAAUAAGCUCACCUUGAGCAUUACCAUUUCCAGGAUACUUUCCUUGAAUUAUUAGAAGCCCCUCCACCCCCACCCCCCCUUUUUUUUAACUGCUGCUAUCUGCAGCUGGAUACUUUUCUUUAAAAAUGUUUAAAAUUAUUUAGAUUGAUUCUCCCCAAAUGUGGAUGAACUGAGACCUUCCAUCAGCCAGAGUCUUAUGGGAUUUUCACAUGUUUGUCUUAGGUCUACCUUUCACAGAAGGCAGGGUAACUUGCUGCAGGAAACGUUUUGGUGUAUAAAAUUAGAACAAUUUUUUUUUGAGAUGGAAUCUCUCUUUGUCACCCAGGCUGGAAUGCAGAGGUGUGAUCUCGGCUCACUGCUGCAACCUCUGCCUCCUGGGUUCAAGCGAUUCUCCUGCCUCAGCCUCCUGAGUAGCUGUGACGAGGCACCCGCCACCAUGCCCGGCUAAUUUUUCUAUUUUUAGUAGAAAUGGGGUUUUACUCUGUUGGCCAGGCUGGUCUUGAACUCCUAACCUUGUAAUCCGCCUGCCUCAGCCUCCCAAAAAAUUAGAAUAAUUUCAUCAACCAAUACAGAACAUGAGCCCUUUUUAAUGUGAAUUCCCAUCAUCACAGCAGUAGGAUGAAGCCUUGUUUUGGGUGAGGCAGAGGGAAAGGGGAAAAAAACAGAACUGUAACAGUUCCUUGAUUCUGCAGAUACUGCUGCUCUUUUAAGGAUUCAGUAAUAAUUCAAAGCAGCUAUCUCCUUGUUUCUCACAUGCAUACUACAUUGGUUUGGAGCAUCUGAGAGGCAUUGGUUUGGUUUGCAUUCUUUUGCAAGGCAUAUAUUACAGCUCAUAUGAUAAAUCUCAUUUGGGGGGAAUCCUUGUAUUCCUAACAAAGGGGAUUAAAGUUACACCUCAGUCCAUUCUUCUGAAGUGAAAUUUACUUGACACAGUAGGUUUUGAGACUUACACAUGAAACACUGGCUUUACAGGGUUUUAAGAGAUGUGGGGUAUACACUGCUCUGCAGUGCGAUAGUAGACCCUAGAAGGAGACUAUUUACGUUGUCCUUAGCUCUUUUUUUAAUUACCAUUUUUGGUUGUUAUAAUUUCUUUUUAGUAUCUAUAGUAUCUUAGAUGAUUUUAGAUCUUAAAUGAGUUUGGCAGCCUCUUUAGAAUCUGAGAGAGAUCACUGUCAAGUUGCACUUUACUGGGUUUUAUCCAGUUUUAGGAAGAGGGGAGGCAAUGUCAAAAUGUACACCUUUGGUUUUUUAAGAAGGUUAACCAUAAUAAUCUUAAAGGCUAGUCACAGGGUUACCUAAUGCUCAGUCUGUGAAACCCAAAUAGAAUUAUUAAAAUGGUAUUUACCAACUAAGUAUUCAUGUUCAAACUACUUACCUUCCACUCUGAAGACUUCAAGGUCAUUUCCAGUACACAUUUACCUAAUUAGGAGUUCUGUCUGCCAGUAAACAUUCCACACUGUUACCCGACAUUACCGUUAACAGAUUUUCCUCCACAUUCUAACAGUUGUACCCCAUGGGCUUGCCAGGAAAUGAGGAAAACUUAAUGGGUGUACUUUUUUUUUUUUUUGCACAGUCUACUUUGUGGCAUUCAGUACCUCCUUUCCAAAAAAAAAGAAGUGUCUUAUGUUGCUUACCUGAGGAUCACAUCCAUUAUCACGAAGAUUCUGUCACUAUAAUUUGAGGCAUCUAGGGCAGCAUUUUGAGAACUGCUGUUGAUAAAAUCCACUUUCUUUUCAUGGAACUUGCUGUUUUGUAUGAGUCCAAAUGUUACGUACAGAUUCUUCAAAUUUCUUGUACAGUAUUGGUUUGCCAUUUAAAGUGAUUUUAGGACAUUAGUGUAAUGCAAAUGCUUGCAUUGCACUGUUUUCCAUAAAUAUAAAAACAAUGCUCCUAAAAUCCAUAAUUCUUUAAAACUGCUUGUGUGUCAUUAUAAAAGUCAGCUUUGUGUAGUUACACUGAGACAUACAACCUAUAAAGUGAAAAUACUGCAGAUUUUAGGACCCCUUCUUCUCUAGUCACAAUCAUUAGUGUACCCCAGGAUGAAAAAAGCUCCAUGGCUGGCAUGUACAAUUACAUGUAUUAAUGACUGCUCUACAUCAUACGUUCGGCCUUUGGCCACCACCACCUCUAUUCCACAUAUAAUUCAUCAUUCUUGUUUGCCUGCAGACUCUUGCAGUGCCUUGUAAUAUUUACAAUCUUUUCAGGUUUUUGCUGGAAAGAAAAGUAGUCUUCUAAAGUUUGAAGAUGGUGAAUAGUGUACUUCUGUCUCCAUGCUGACUGCAGUAACUGGGUUAUCAUAUAUGUAUACGUUAUGUAUAUGUAACGUGUACAUUUAAAAAUACAGAAAAAAGUGAGCUUGUGCAGAAAUGGAAAAAACUGUUAUUCUCAUCACUGUGGGGUUUUAUUGAAAUUAUUUUUUCCCAUGACUUACAUGUUUGGUUCAGAUUAUAGUCACUUUGACUGUAAAUACUGGCUAGUUUUCUAUCCGGGGGUUUUGCAUUAUUUCAUAAUUUUGCUAAAUCAUAUAAUAGUGCUAUUUUCAUCCUUGCCUGAGGUACUUUUCCUCCGCAGAAAUAAUUAACUUGAGGUAAAGCUCAGAAAUUCCCUUCUUACUUAACAAAGAACCUACUAUAUAAAAAGGGCCUUCCUUUCCAAAAAACACACAAAUCUGUCCUUUUCAUUUUCCUUCUUGUAGAGGAGAAAAUGGUUGUACUAACCAUCCUGCUUGUAGAGUUUAUUUGGAGGAUAGUCUGUAUGUCCAGCCACCAUGUUUACUUCUCAAAGUGCAAGUCUGAUGAAUAGUACUGUAUCUCCAUAUGUGGCAAUGUAAGCAUUUCAUCAUGAAGUACCUGCUGCUAUGUCUGUGAAGUUGGGUGUAACAUCAUAAGAGUAUGAAACCAGUAUUGGUGUACUAAUGAAAAUAACCCUAUGUAUAUUUGUAGCAGUCUUGAAUCUCUAUUUAAGGUAAUUUGCUGUAAUAUAACAAAUAUUCAUUCUGUUUUUCAUCCCUUCCUUGCUAGUUUUAUAUCAAGCAUGAAUUCUAAUCGUUUGACAGCAAAAUUAUCUGUGAAAGUUUAAAAGGCACUUUUCUGCUGUGAUUUGUGGAUUGAGUGUGGAGUGUUAUGUACAGUUUGAUGAGAUGUAUCAUUUUAGAACCCCAGAUUUAAUUCUAGUCCAAUUAAUUUUGUUUAACUACCUCGUUUUCAGUGCUGUUUUGGGUGCACAAGUAAACACUGCCUGUGAAACAUGCUUUUUUUGCCUUGAUUCUCAGUAGUCUUUCAAAUUAUAAAUCUGGUCUGCCUCUUUUUCCCAGUGCUAGCCAAGAGUUUGAGGUGAGAGGGACCAUCACUCUGCCACCAGUCUGUGUUUAAGUGGAGAGCCAUGUGCUUCUGUGAAAUAUGCUUUGGGGAUUUGGGGGUGGAGAGCAGAAUAAUAAUUGAAACUGGUGGCAAUAUAGGACUUAGGUGUAGGAGCUAGCUAAAAAUUAAACAAAUGGUAAGAAAGUACCUGAAUUAGACAAUCCAGUGCCUAUAACUUUGCAUUUUUAUUAGAGAUGCAUUUCUCGUCUGUGUGCCUAAAGGGCUAUGGGUUGAAAUUGCUUUAACUACCACAGUGAAAUAUUUGACAAAUCCUUCAGCAAUGGCCUGUCAUUCAACAUAUAUUAGCACACUGCUAGGUAUCUGCAGUGAUAUUUUGUUACCUUAUAACCGCCAAAUGCAUUAGUUGAUAGUAAGGGUUUUAUAUAACUUUAUCCAAUCUCUAAAGUUUACGAAGGCAUUGACUUUCUUCUUUGCUGUCUUUUCUGAGUGAUGAAAAUGAUGCAUUCCUUUUUUUCUUGAAAACUCAGCAGAUGUUUGUAACCAGAUAUUCCUUGUUUCACAUGUUUACUGUGUAACACUACAGCAUGUUUAAUACUAGUAAAUACGGUAUUUCAGUCAUUAUGCAUAAGUACUUUCCUGAGCUCUAUGCCAUCAUUUUGGGAUUCUGUUGUUUCACCUUCUGUUUGGGUCAGAAAAACUUGAACUAUUUGAGGUGGUACGGAGGCCAUUUUCUAGAAUAGAUUGUUUUUGGGUUCUGUAGUUUAUCAAGGAUUUGUUCCCCCUGCCUUUGUUUAGAAGAUGAAUUAGAAAAGGGGGGCAGUGUGUAGAAAAGGCCUUUGAUUUGAUAGGUAUAAUUUUGAAGAUUGAAAAAUUUUUAAAAUGCAGAUUGUAAGAUAGUAACACUCAAACUUAAUAAAAUCCUUUGAAUUGAAAUUUGUAUCAAGUUUUUAUGGAGCCAAAUGCCUUCAGGUCACCCUGGAAAUAGUCUUUGUAUGUGAAAGAUGAACACAAACAUUGGUCAGGGACCCUGACAUCCAAUAUAUGAAAGAGCCUGGGAUAGUAACUAAGUAACACUAAAGUUAUUUUCAACUAAGAUAGCUAGAAGAGUGUCCAAACCAACAACUCCUAUUCUGGAAGGUGUUCUUUUAAUUAAAAAAAUUCAAACAAUGCUAAAAGUCAAGAAGGGAAGAAAGAAACUGGGCUCUGAGAAAAAUGUGCCAGCGUAACAUAAACUCCUAAAUGUGUGCUUGUCAUCCUCUAAUUUUUGUUUCGUUUAAAGUUGAAUUUCUUUUCCAUGCUAACUUAAGAUUUGAGAUUGAGGUUUGCGGUCCAGAACAUACCCUCAGCAGAUAUAGUAACUAACUGGAAAGUGCAGUUGUCCAAGGUCUGUCAUGCUCAAUCACCUAAAGCUACAAUUUGUUUGAAAUAUUAAGCAUGUAGACCUAGUGCAGCAUGGGAGCCACUCAGGAAGUUUAUGCAAUUAAUAAACUUUCAUGCAUAAUUUACUAUGAAGUAUGCAGAAUUUCAGCCUCUUCACACUUAACAUUUAGUUGUAUAUGUGAACUCUCCUUUAUUAAUGGGGGAAUGUAUCAUUAUAUAGAACGUUGUUCAACUUCAUUUUAAUCCUUUUUGACAUUAACUUUUUUUUGGUAAACCAAGUGAUCUGCCUUUCAGCAACUGUCUGAUUUUGGUUCUUUGAAACUGUGAUUUUUAUUUCAUUUGUACCCAGCCAUUGUGAGUAUUUUGUUUUGUUUCCUGGAAAUUCUGUUUUAAAACAGAAAAUAAAGGCUGUGUUAAAUGAG